AUGUCAACCCUGAAUCAACAGCGCAAAGUGGUGGAACAGUUGCGUUUGGAGGCGGGUAUUCAUCGACGUCCAGUAUCGGAGUGCAUUCGUGACAUGAUCGGCUUUAUAGAACAAUAUCGAGACAAGGAUUGCCUAGUAAACGGAUUUGCUUCAAAGAAAGACAAUCCAUUCCAAGAGAAAGGCGGUUGUCAAUUGCUCUAA